UAACAAUUUAAAGAACUUAUUAAUACUUUUAAUGCAGGCUCCACCAAAAAUCUGGUUGGCGAUUGAAUUACAGGAGCGGUCGCACAACUUUUUUUUUUUACAUUUUCAAAAAAAUAGGAGCGGUAAAUCCGAAAUAUCAAUUUUGUGUGGCCUAAGGCAUUUUCAGAAAAUUAAAAGCAGUUGUACUUUCGAUUUCACCUUUCAAAACAAUUCAGUCACUGACAGGUUUUGACAAAUUUCUAUCGUUUUGGAAGAAAAGAAAAAUGGCGACAUUUGUAAAUGAAGAUGACAUCAAACCUGCCAUUAAACCUGAUCCUGAAUCUGAUGAUUCAUCUGACGAAAAAGAAAUCCCGGAAGUCGAAGACGAACUUGAAGUGGAUUUAUCUGUGUUUGGCGGAGCUGUAGGUCUAGCCGACGUGACUCUUGUGGUCGAGGGUCGACCUAUCCCUGUCGUCAAGGCGGUACUCUCACUCGCGUCGCCCGUUUUCCGGAUCAUUUUCCAGUCUAACUUUAAGGAGAAGAACCAAGUAGAAAUACGUCUUUAUGGAAAAAAGUUUGAUAGCUUUGUAACGUUCCUGCGAUGUAUCUACCCUGAUGUAGAGGAAGAAGUUACAGUUGAGAACGUGUACGAUAUCGUUUACCUGGCAAACGAGUACCAAGUGUCCCGUUUACUUCGAUCGUCUGAGAAAGUGUUGCUGCUCGAAACGGAAAUGUUUGAAGAUAUCAAAAAAGAAGAUUGCUGUUUGGAGAUUUAUCGCCAUCUUGCUAUUGCAGACGCGUGCCAAUUAGAACGACUCAAAUUUUUCUGUGUCAGCAUCGCCUCAGAUGUUUGUCAGGCUGAUAGAGAUGCAGCGGUCGAGAUACAUCCGGUAUCGAGUGACGUUCAGAGAUGCAUUGAAAAGCAAGUGAUAAGAAAACAAGAAAUUUACCUUGCUGAUUAUGAUGCCUUAGUCUGAAACACGAUUCAAUAUGUAAUUUUCUUAAACAAAAAUUACAAAUAAUCGAACAGGCCCCAACAUCCUUUGGACCUUCAAUACAAAACGUACCGACAUUUGGAGGAUUUGGAUCGAUCCAACAAACACCAAAUAAUCCAGCAGUUUUCCAAGGUUCUGUUAGUGUGUCAAAUGCAAAUGGCACAACACCGGACGCGGACGUUCAGGAAUGGAAAAUACAUUUAAGGCAUUUGAGAUGGGUUUACAAACACACCCCAACUGAUGGCAAAUUGAAGAGAAAGGCCAUCUAUUGGAUAAGGCAAGAUAAAAAGGCGCCUGGUUGGAACGAUUCAUGCGAAGACGAGUUUUCUCUACUCCCAGAAGUUGUCAAACAUGAUAUAAAGGGGAGAUAUAUCAUGAAGUACUGACUGAAACGUUUUAUUCACUUGUCAAAUAAACCGUGUUGUAGGUUGCAUUGUACUAAUUUUGAUAUAUCGAUGCAAUAGUUAUAACAAACAUGAACAAUAAAUACAGAAAAUGUAGAUAUUUCAAUCAUGCAAGUACUGAAAAUAGGUUAUAGUUACUGGACACGGGGUCCGAGUAAUUGAAAUUUUACACGAGCGCUUUGGCCCUAGUCUUUUAUUUCAUUGUGUACAUUGUUUUCAAGGACAAGAUUCAAUAACUUAGGUGCGGUGUAAAUGAAUAGCUUUGUUAAAUAGCCGCACGCUAUUUAGUUAUUGAACGUUUAAGUUAUGCCUAUUUGUUACCGUUUUAGACAAAAACCAAAGUAAACACUCUCAAACAAGGAACAUUAUUAAUUUACUGAAGUGCAUAUCACGACAUGUACCUUUUAACAUGUUCUGUUGAUUUCACUGGGUUCAUAAUUUCCGUCUGGUUGACAUUCGGUCUAAAUAAUAUUUUUACUUUCAUUAUUUGCUGCUGUUUUCCUUUUUCCAGACGAAAAGUUGUCAUUUAUUUUCGUUUUGUUUUGCUUUAGUUCCUUUCAUUGCAAUUAGUAUACGAAUAGGAACAUAGAAUUUUGGAAAUAUUUCAAAAUUUUGCAAAACUUAAGGUACACGUAACUGGAUACUUGAAGUAAUCGCUCGUCGUAGACACCUAAGUUAAGCAUGCAUCUAUCGACACAGAUUAUUUAAAUGGCAAGGUAUAACAUAAGAAUUGUAGUUUGCGUAAAUAUUGGCACGUCGAAAAAAUAACUCAGUUGGUAGUGCAUCUAGUUAGUACUCCGCAAAUCAGUGGUUUGACACAAAACAACGGCACAUUUUUUGUACAUGUCAAAUGUUAAUAUUAAUAAGUAUAUCAAUCUCAUAUUUAUAAAAUCACUUUUUUUGUCAGUUUGUUUGUUGCUUCAUAUUUACAGUUUGUGUUUUGAAAAAAAAACAUUCGUUGUUUUGUAUGUAUUGAAUGGUUUACAUUUCUGUCUUUUAAAUGGGAGAUGUAUAACGUGUAAUAAUUUCACUUGACUCAGAUUUUCUACGUUGCACUAUGUUGGCACUGUAUGUAUGUGAAGGUAUAUUCUAUGAUGUUAACUUUCACCUUUCAAAUGUCACGUUGUCUUUAAUCAUGUCCUUUCUUACCUGUAAAAGCGUCUAAAAACCCUCACAUGCUCCUCUUGCUUUGUCAUUUGUAAAUGUUUAUUUGUGUGAUUUGUUUUUCUCACGCGCCAUGUGGCUUAUUGAACCUGUAUUCAAAAUAAACUAUAUUCUAUUAAA